AUGACGCACGCGGGUUGGUGUUUGCGGGACGAAGGUACCAAUACCUUCACGGCCUUAAGAACUCACACCAUUGCGAGACUGUGCGCUAUGGGCACCAACACUCUCGCGGGUCUCCCUCCGUUACAGACUCACACGAACACUACUACCUGCCUCUACUCCAUGUUUCUUACUCCACGGAACCUUCUCUUUCCCCUCGGCCUACAAGCCAGUCCAGGACACUCAUCUACAAGGAUUUCCAUGUUAAUGAAAAUGGAAAACAUGAACGUUGAUGAUGAUGUAGAUUUAAGGAGUAUAGAUAAAUUAUCCACCAAAAUCCAGAGCUGCCUUGCAGUGCCCCAUAAAAUAUCUGAAAUAAAUAGUUCCAAAGAAGCAGCACAACUAACAAUGCUCUUAUCGCCAUUAUCAGUUCACCGUGGACUUGUUACACCAAGACAAUCUUUAAAUUUAGGAAAAGUUGAUUAUUAUGGUCGAGCAGCGUUGUUAACAUCAUUACUACAAGGUCUAGGAGAAAAAGCAUAUGUUCUUUUAGGUUCAUCUCAAAUAAGAAAAUGGGCAGCUUUUACUUUAACUCUUAAUGAAGACACUAAUGAAACUACUAUCUGGGACCCUGAGAGUGGGAGCUCUUUUGAAGUUGGGGAAAGCGGUAACUUACUGAUGAAAUGUUUUCGCCUAAUAAACCAUGAAAAUAUUUGGGAAAAUACUCAAACAACUAUAUCACCAGUUGAUUUAAAAUAUAAUCACAAAAUAAAUAAGGAUUGGCGUCCUGCCAAUUUUAAUAUUCAUUUCGAAGAUCGACCGAUUCAAAUUUUGGAGCUUCAAAAAACUCACGAAAUUGAGUUUUUAGAAAAACAAACGCAAAUCGAACAACAGCUAAAGGAAAAUUUGUGUCAUAUUCGAAAAGAAAUUGGCGUGCCAACUAUUUUCAAUCGUCAUGCAUCCACUAUUUUGCAAGAUUUUCUUGUUAAGAUUAAUGCCGACUCAUAUGUGAAAUUUGAUAAAAAUGAAUUAAAACCACUUUAUAGGGCUUAUUAUACUCAUGGUUAUAUAUUAAAACUCCGAAACAUCAACUUAAAGGAUAUAUGUAAAUUAUUAAGAGCUACGAAAAUUCAUUUAUCGCCUGGUUCUGUAGAGUAUGGUCUUAAAUGUCAUUUACAAUACCAUUUAGGUAAUAUUUACUCAAUCUGGUUAGCUUUAGUUAUUUUAAAAAAACGAAAAUGAGUAAAGAUUAAUUAAAAAAUCAGUGAUUAAAAAAUUGCGCAAAAAUGCAAAUGGAAAAGUCGAAGUGGUUUCUGG